UGCGCCAUCUUAGUCGGUGGUAUUUGACGAAAACCACCCCUUCUUGAUAAUUAACGGUGUUCUGUGCGAAUGUAUCAAAGUUAACGGGGUCAGUUGACCCUGGUGUUUAUUCUUGGUAGCUGACAAAAGUUAAAAUGGCUUCUAAAAUGGGACAGAGUGUUAUGGACCGCGUUACGGCGGCAAAACACACGAUUGCUGGGCAGGGCCUGGCAAAAACUGUUUGCAAAGCAACCACUGAGGAGUUGAUGGGACCAAAGCGGAAACAUUUGGAUUACCUUCUACAAUGUACAAAUGAGCCGAACGUAUCCAUCCCCCAGUUGGCAGACCUGCUCAUUGAGAGAACUCAGCAGGCAAGCUGGGUGAUAGUGUUCAAAUCCCUGGUCACCAUUCACAACCUCAUGAACUAUGGAAACGAGAGAUUCACCCAGUAUUUGGCAUCAAACAACUGCUCCUUCAACCUCGGAAGUUUUAUUGACAAGCAGGGAGUACAGGGUUAUGACAUGUCCACAUUUAUUCGUCGCUACGCGAACUACCUGAACGAGAAAGCAGUCUCAUACAGAUCAAUGGCAUUCGACUUCUGUAAAGUGAAACGAGGCAAGGAUGAUGGCCUCCUCAGAACAAUGAACACAGAAAAGCUCCUGAAAGCAUUACCCUCAUUACAAAAGCUUAUAGACUCCCUUUUAGAAUUUGAUUGCACGAGCAAUGAGUUGAGCAAUGGCGUCAUAAAUGCAGCUUUUAUGUUACAAUUCAAAGAUCUUAUACGACUAUUCGCCUGUUAUAAUGAUGGCGUUAUUAAUUUAUUAGAGAAGUAUUUUGACAUGAACAAGAAGCAGUGUAAAGAGGGGUUGGACCUGUACAAGAAGUUCCUGGUCCGGAUGGACAAGGUGGCAGAGUUCCUGAAAGUAGCAGAGAAUGUUGGAAUUGACAAGGGAGAUAUCCCAGACUUAGCAAAGGGCUUGGUAGGCAAGGAAGACAAUGCCCCUGCCAGUCUUCUGGAUGCCCUGGAAGAGCACUUGCGCUCCCUGGAUGGCAAGAAGGGAACCGCAACUGUUGCCCCACCUCCCAAACCAGCAGGGUUCAACACUGCGGUGAACUCUAUGUCCUCUAACUCGGUGGUGAGCAUUUCAGAGGAGGAGAAGAAAAAGAUACUGGAGGAAGAGAGCAAACAACUACAGCAGCUCAAGGCCAGUAACAACCCAUUUUUGGAGCAACGUCAGAAAGAGAGUGGGGCAUCGGCUGGGCAGCCUUCAGGGGCAGGUAACCCAUUUGCUUCACCCGCAACUUCUGCGCCUGCUGCCACCUCGCCCGCGAAACCCAGCGAAGACCUCCUUAACCUGGAUGGUGAGAUAAACUACAACCCGUUUGUGGAGAACGUGAAGAAUGUAAUGCAGAUGACAUCCACAGCAAAUGCGUUUGGAGCUCCGGGCUGGGGUGUACAGCCAAUGGGUGGAACUAAAGGAGGAUUCAAUGAUCCUGGCUUUGCUGCUUUCUCCAAUGGCACAGGAGGACCAACCAUGGCAACCCUGGACCUCUCUACUACCACGACCAGUGCUCUAAGCCCCUCGCCAACCACUGCUUCUACAGGUCGUCAGAGCCCCGCCAUACGGAGCAUUAGCCCGGCAGUGCGCAGUUCAAGCCCAGCCAUGGAUGUGUUUUCUAGCGACCCCUUCCAGGGUGCCACAGGGGGACAGCAGGUGGCCCCUAACCUUGACCUUUUCCCUACCACUGGCCCCUUUGCAGCCUCGGAUAGUGACACGACAGGUUUUGAUGCAUUUGGAGAGAUCAUGCAACCCUCAUCUAAACAGUCACAAACCAUGUCUAGUCAGCCCCAGUCCGCCCCCGUGUCAAGGGAUCUGGACUCCAGCCUUGCGGCACUAGCAGGCAAUAUCGGCAUCAAUGGAGCCAGCAGUGUAAAAAAGACAGAGCACCAGUGGCAGCCUAAGGGCGAGCAGAGGAAGACUGGAGGGGCCAACUGGAACCCGGGCAUGGCCCAGCCGGUCUCUACUUGGUCCCAGCCAUCAUUCACUACACAACAGGUUCCAAUGAUGGCAGGAUACGGUCAGCCUGGAAUGCAGCCAAUGAUGCAGCCUGGUAUGGCGCCCAUGGGAGGAAUGCAAAUGAUGGGAAUGGCCCCGAUGUCUGGAGGGGUCCCCAUGACCACGAUGCCACAAAUGAUGGGUAUGGGCCAGCCAAUGUACAUGGGUAUGCGACCUGGUAUGGCUCCUAUGGGAAUGCCCAUGGCUCAGCCCCGACCUCCCAUAACACAGACCCAGCCAAACGACCCAUUUGGCGCCUUGUGAGACCAGCCAUGCAUGAAUGUGUGAUCUGUGUGUGAUAUUUGAUGAAUAAUUCCAAUGGGAGCUCAGGAUGCAGCCAUCAUGCAGGCCAGGAGAGUGUUCAUUAUCAGAUCAACCCCCUCCAUACAACAUAAUCAUCGUCCUACUAUCAGCCAUGUGCACACAAAUGUUCGCUAUACAACAUUGUACUUCAAUGUGCAUAGAAAUAUUCAACAUGCACGGUUAUUGGGAUGCAUAGAAAUCUGUAACAUACAAAAUCUUUAUUCCUCUAGCAUUGUGAGGUUGCAGGAUACAUUGUUGAUAUUGGAUGUGCGUAGAACUGCACAACCUACAACCUUUGUACUUUAUUACUGUUCAUAGAACUGCACAACACGCAUCAUCUCUGUUCGGUAGCACGCACAGAAAUAUACAGCAACUGUUGCCAAUCAUCAUCUCUGUUCGGUAGCACGCACAGAAAUAUACAGCAACUGUUGCCAAUCAUCAUCUCUGUCCGGUAGCACGCACAGAAAUAUACAGCAACUGUUGCCAAUCAUCAUUGUCGUUCGGUGUGCAAAAGAAACUCCAUGUCGCUAGAAGCUGUGGUUCCAAUAUUGUCAAUAUUUAUUAUUAUAGUGAUAUUAGUGUUCUGCACUUCCCAAUUUUAGUGUGUUGACUGUUAAAUCUGUACUUAAGUGUGUGAACUGUUGAAUCUGUCCUCUGUUAAUACAUAGGUAUGUAAACUGUCAACUCUAAACUGAAGUGUUUUAAGUUACAAUGUGUUAUAUUCUGUAGCUUUGUGGGUUAGAGUGUUAGUAUUAAUUCAGUUACGCACAUGUGAAACUUUUGACCUAAAAUUUAGAUGGGUAGUUUAGUAAAGGUCAGCAGGCGUUGCUGUAUAGCCAGACAUGGAAUCUCGUGUUUCCAUGUUUACCAGUGAAUUAAUUCAAUAAAUAUUUCCUUAACUUAGGAAUGAUUUGCUAUAUUUCAGAAAAACACAACCUACCUUGUUAUGAGGGCAUUUUAAGUGCUGUAAAGUUUUCAAAAUACUUACAUAUAAUAAUUACGAGUAUGUGAUAACAUGAUGGUUCGUUGUAUGAUGUGUGCAUUCCCUUUAUUUUAAAUGUGCCAUUUUGUUUCCAUGAAAUAUAAACAAGAAUUUGGUUGAAUGUGCGAUAAGUAAAUGAAAGUUAGUUUGUUCUAAUGUACAAAAUUCUGACAUUCCAUGGGUGAAUUUAGUUUCGUGAAAUAUUAUACUCCUGAUAAUCCUUUGAGCAUUUCAUUUUCAUAUCUUACUGGAAUUUGGUUAUAUACAAUGUAUUUAUCUUACUAAAUGUGUUUUGUUUUCCUAUUUUACAAGUAGAUGUUUGAGGUCAUAAUAUGGAAUCGUAAUAUUAUUGUGUUACAUUAAGUGACUUAUAGCAAAUACGUCACCUAUUUCAUAGUUACCCAUAGGGUUCUCUGACUUUUGAAGAUGAAAGGUAUAUUAUAAAAUAUGAAUGAAUUCAUUUUUGUGGUGGUUUGUGCAAUCAAAAAUGGCACUUUUUGUAUCCUGUCAUGUUCCUAUUGUGUUUGUUGUAGAGCUUGAAAAUAUUACUAGAAAUCUUACAAGCUCUUGUAUCCUGCCCUGUCCGUGUCCACUGCAUUGCUCUACACCUUCACAUUACAACAUUUUCAGUGUGCACAUUUCAUUUUAACCUCCCAUUUGACUUAGUGUUUUUGCUAACCAAUAAUAAAGUCAAAGGUACUGACAUCUUGUUAGACAAUACUUGACAAUUUUUGUUUUCAUCUUUUUCACUCGUAAACAUUAUCUCUCUACAAAAGUCUUGUUUUCACCCAUUUUGCAUGCAAACACGGUCUGCUACUGUAUUUAUAUAUGGUCAUAUUAAGUGCUGUCAUAUUGUUAAAGGAAUCCCACCCACAAAUAUGUGAAUUUUAGGAUGCCGGGUGAUCACAUCUGAUAUUGGAACCAUUUGAAUGGAUUUUGCAUGCAAAAAAAAAUAAUACUGAAAAUGUAAUAAAAAGGUGUUUUUUUGGCCUUCAUAGAUGCAAAUUAGGUUAUUUUAUGUUCAAGUUCAACUCAGUUGAAAUAAAGUGCAAAUAUUCCAACUGUUAUAGCUCAAUGUAUAAGGUAUUGUGCAUUUGGUCAUAUUAGUGAUAACCAAGCAAACACAUUGUAAAUGGUUCUUAAAUAACCAGACAACAAAACUUAAUGUAAUGGUUUAUAGGGUUGUCAGAGAAUAAGCUUAUUUUUGGAUUGGAUACCUUAAAAGACUUCAGUGUUUUUGUCAGAUGUUCAUACAAUGUCCAUCUUUGUCUAUUUCUGUUUCAUUGUGUAUUUGUACAUAAGAGGUCUUUUUCUAUCAAUAUGUAGAUAUUAAGUUAUAUAUAUAUAUAUACACAGGUUUUUCUUAUUCAUUUAUUUUACUCGCAUGCUGUUAUAGACCUAUUGCUGUAGAGUUUUGCUGUGUCAUAUGUGCAUGUAACUGCUGGAUAAAGACAAUUUUAUCAUACAUUUGUCUAGACAAAGAUGUCAGUUAUUCUUGGAUGCACAACUCAACUGCAAGAAAUUGAAAGUAUGAAAAAAUGCAGAUUAAUGCUAUUUUUAAUUGUAAGUUUAUCUCAUGUUUGCAAAUGACAUUUGUAUAUACAAAUAACUUAUGCACUCUUGGCUUCACAUUUCCAUUUCUGAAAAGCCAGUCAAAUAUUAUAUAUGUGUAUGUAAAAUCAGAAUGUAUGAGACCGAGUUAUUCACUUUGCAUCUUCUAGUGAAGUGCUUGUUGAUAACAAUUCAAAUUUUACAUAUCAAAGUAUGAUUAACUUUACAAUUAGUGUUAAACUUUAAUAUCAAAUCCUUAAAGUAACUCUAGGAUUCAGACUUGUUGAUCUAAAUGACUUUAUUCUUAAUUCACUGACAGCUUAGUGCUUACCAAUCAGGUCUUCUAUAGCAGCAUGUAUAUGUGACACAGAAAUACAGUUGUCAUGUGGUACCCUGUCUCUAUCGUAUAUAUGCUCUAGGCUUUUCAUUGCUGCAGUCUUCGUACUAUGUAACUGUUCAGAGGGGAGAACCAUACUAUGUCUUAGUUAAGCAUAAAAGUAUAAUUUGUGGGGUUGAUGCCAGAAAGUUUAAAGCCACAUUAAAAUAUAUAUGGUUUUGGUAUAUUCUGGCAUUAGCCCUACAAAGUAUAAUAAAGUUAUUUUCUUGAAAAAAAUAUCAAGCAGCAUCAAUGGACAAACAAAUGUUUGUGUGAAAUUUUGGAUUAUGGCAGAAAUCAUUGUACUGUUAGAAUUAUUUAUUUUGCUGAAUUUAUUUUAAUUGAAAAGAAAUGAUUUUCAAAUUUUAGUCUGAUGUAACAUGCUCAUUCCAAUAAUACUGGUACUUCCAUACUUUUGUGAAAUCUUGAAGAAUGCUACGACUCCAUUUUUUCAUCUUCAGUAAAAGCUGGCUUUUUGUCAUUUUGGUGUUUCUCAUUUAUCAGGCUUUGGAAGUAAUCAUUUUGUAAUCACUACUUAUAUGCAAAAACUUAUUCUAUACAUUUGUCUUGUAAUCCCUUUAAACUAUUAAAGCUGUCUUAGCCUGGGGCUGGAUUACAGAAGCAUCUUGAGUUAAAAUUGUAACUUUUCCUUAAAUUCUAUUUGGGAAGUGAUUUAUUCCACAGGUACAAAGUGUUUUGCUGAAUGUUAAUUCUGUAAUUAAAAUAUUGAAGUUUUCAAAUUGGAAAUGUCAUUUUAAAGCAAUUGUUUAUUUCAAGAAAUAUGAAUGUUACACACAUUUUGUUUUUAAAUAUUCUCAAAAUGUUUCUGUUAUAAAGCCCCUGUUGAGCCACAUACAGGAUCUUCCUUUGCCAUAGACUUUGUGAUUAUGUAGGAAGGACAUAGGACAGACAAAAUAGCUUAUAAAUAUUCUUUGAUAUUGAGUUGAUGUCAUUGCUUAAGGUCGAUGACUUUCGUUGAGAAAAUUUAAUAUUUUACUGAUUCAGUUGUUAUGAUUGUUAUUUAGCGCUAUAAUCAUGUCACAAAAUGUUGUGUACCAUAGAAAAUUAAAUAAAAUAUAUGUACAAUGGUA